CUCACCUGCCGGGGCCCUCACAGACAAGUCUCUCAACGGCACGACAACGACUACCGGCUCUCCUGCCUCUGGAACAGCACCAUGAACCUGCGGUACCAGCCCGCCCCAGGAGCCAGACCAGAGGCAGCCAGGAAAGAGGGCUGGGCAUCACCUCCACCUAACUCCUUAUGGCACCUCAACUCCGCCUGGGUGAAGAACACCUCGCGCUGGUCAGGCCAGGUCAUGCUGCAGACGGGCCUCUUGCCAGGCAGCGCUCCUCCACCCGUGGCCUCCAGCCUCCUUACGGUGCAAUGCUCAUCCGCUUCAUGCGCUGCACCCGAAUGCUUCCACCACAACGUCACCAUCGAGAUGACCGCGCAGGACACGCGGCUCUUCGUGCUUUGGCCGCAAACGCGCUUGAUCCGCACGUGGCAACCGGUAGAGCUGGGCUGGUGUGCGCGUCUCAAGAGUGCCAGCUGGCAGUACCGCUUCAGCAGCCAGGGAGGCAGCCCCUCUACCCUUCUCAUUCCCAGCACUGAGCACCAAGACACACCACCACCUGCUAGCUAUCCAACAGCCGAAUUGCAACAGACCUGUGCCACCUACUACAGCUACUGCUUGACCGUGCGCUACAGGGACCACGGCCUCCAUCUUGCUUCGGUCAGCAUCGAGCAGAUGCCUCAGAUAAACCUCAGCCUCUCUCUCCAGGUAGGACCUGACUUGCUGAACAUCCUUAGCGCCAGCUCCAAGCUCCUCAGUGUUCCUCAACAGGCCCUCAGCCUCUCCUGGAGGUUUCAGCCCCUUAGCCCGAGGAUGCUGGCCUACACACUGGUGGACACACAGGCUACAGGAGGCUGGCUCCAUUCCUACAGUUCCUUUACUCUUCAGAGCAAUUUCUGUGCCAUUGCCACACCUCAGAGCCUGGGGGAGAUGGUGGUGGCCAGCAUUCACGUCCAUCUUGAUGGCAGCAAGAGGUUCGAGGACCUGACAGGACAACUACAUCUACUCAACGGGACCCUGAGCCUAGCUGCAGGGAGAGAAACUCCCACCCAGGUCAGCCUUCACCCAGGCAAGACCAACAGUAGCACUUACACUUCCAGGUACAACCACGGAACGUUUUACACGACCAAAGAAAGCAACAGCCCUAUUUCCAUAGGUGGCCCUGUCGUAAGGUAUCGAACCCAGAGCCUUCUGCGCAUACACAUUUUUAGUGAUCAGUGCUUAUUUCUGGAUGGAGUCCGAAGCCUGUGGAGAGAAGACACGUGCAGGCUUGGUGCCUUGACCGACUGGCAGAGGGUCCAUUGUGUCUGCAAUAUGAAGCGGAGUCGCGGACUUCUGUCAGUCCAGGCUGCGUCAAACGCAUCCACGUUCGACAUCAAGUUCCUGGCAGCCAAAGUCCUAGUUGCCCCCAACACAUUAGAUCUGGGCGAAACCCUGACAGCAGACACACCUAAAAACCCAGUGACCCUCUUAACAGUGCUCGUUAUUUUUGCUCUCUACUUUCUUCUGUCCCUCUGGGCCACGAGAAAAGACAGGGCUGACAGGAACAGCAAAGACAAGAUCAUAGCUCUGUUGGACAACGACCCCUUUGACGAAGCCAGCUUUUUGGUCACUUUAUACACAGGCAGUCGCUGGGGAGCUGGAACCAAAGCGGAUGUCUUUCUUCAGCUCAUCGGCCAGAAUGGCACCAGUGACGUCCAUUGUUUACGGCACCCACAUUUGCCAUCUUUCCAACAAGGAAGCAUUGAUUGCUUUCUGUUAACUACCAAGAAAGACUUGGGAGACAUUCGUUCCUUCAGGAUCUGGCACAAUAACAAGGGCCCAUCUCCAAGCUGGUUCUUAAGCAGAGCCAAAGUGGAGGAUAUGGCCACCAGCAAGACCUGGUUCUUUAUGUGCAGGCAAUGGCUUUCUCUUGACAAGGGUGAUCACUCACUACAAAGGACAUUUUCCGUCACAAACCCCAAGACACCUCUCAGCAGAAUGGACUAUUUUUUGAUUAAUCUUGCCAACAGCCUGAGAGGGGACCACCCGUGGCUCUCCAUUUUUGCUCACGUUCCCACUGACACUUUCAGCAGGUUCCAAAGGUUGUCUGUGCGUUUAGCAAUGUUACUAUUAAACUUGGCUCUUAACAUUAUGUUCUUUAAUGCUGACAAGAAUCAAGAAUCUCUGGUAUCCUUGAGGUUCCUGAGAUCAGUAACAACAGGAAUUCAACGUGCUUUGCUUACCGCACCUGUGGAAAUGAUUAUAAUCGCCUUAUUGAAGUAUUCCCACAAGGAACGUUCUCCUUGUGGUACGGCUCAGACGGACCCAAGGACAAGUUCACCCCUCCUGUCUGGAAAGCUUAAGAACUGGAAGGAAUGUUUGCAAAAAUUGUACCUUUCAGAAACUCCAGCACAAUCGAGGAAUAUCAGUCCCUUGGAGAACCUUCCUGGUCCCAGCAACUCACAGAGCCCGCCACGUUCCAGAAAGGCAAGAAGCAAGGGAGCUCCCCAAAACUGGAGUAACCGCACAGAUUCUGAAAAAGAUGCAAAAGGAAUUGGAACAGAGGAGCAGACAACAACUGCAAAUUCCCCUCCAAUGGCUAAGGCCCACCAGAGAAGGUCACCGCCAAAUUCCAAUUUUAGUAAUCAAGAUGCAGAAGAAGGGGCCAACUUCCAGAAAGAAAGGAAACCACUGAGCAUUACCUCCAUGCCCUUUGGCAAGAGACCACGCAGUGAUUUUCAGUGGUGGUCCGCCCGUCUCUUGUGGGCUAUAAUAAUAGCUGUCAGUGGGCUAUCAUCAUUUUUCAUUGUGUCAUACGGUUUGUCUUACAGCUAUCAAACUUCACUACAGUGGCUUUUAGCAUCUUCAGCCUUCUUUAUUAAGAACGUGUUUUUAAUUUCAACUCUAAAAAUCAUUUUUUUCUCAGCUGUGAGAACAAUUCGUGCAAAAUACUGCGAAAACAUCACAUGGUUAACUCACGAAAAGCAUGCUGAGAUUAAGUUGGCUAAAGAAACAAUGAGUGCUGAUGAGAUGAGAGAGGUGCACUUGAAACUUGCUAAAGUCAGAGCCACCAAGCACUAUAAGCCUUUAGAAGCUGAUGAAAUUGCAAACAUGCUCAAAAAGGCAAAAAUUAAAGUCAAGGCAUUUACUCUCAUGAAAGCUUUCAUCAGUCACCUUGUCUUUUUAUCAGUGCUAUUCCAUUUAGUCUAUUCCACUGCGAACGCCAACAGUUUCCACUACAACCGAUUCAUCCGGAACCAAAUCUCUCCACAGAUCUCCAGCGCAGCUAAGCUAGAACAUAUCUACGUGUGGGUGAAAGACUCCUCCUUGCCUUUGAUCCACAAUGACAUUCAGCCAACCUUUCGUCCAGAGAGCUGGUCCAAAAUCAUUGGUUUGCCCAGGAUGAGGCAAGUCCGGGCUAAACGGACCCAGAAGAAAUGUUUCCAUCCUCAUAGCUUCAUAAAUAACUUUGUGAUCAGUAAAAGCCAUUGUCUUCACAAAUAUGGCAGCGACAUCCCAGAGAAAGGUGACUACGCUGGCACUUGGACAAAGGUUGCAAACCAGUCCGCUUCCAAGGAUGCCAGCAGUUACGGCGGGUUCACUUACCAGCCAAACAGGGCUCCGUGGAUGUACUACUUGUACGGAGAUUUGCACACAUAUGGACCAGCAGGCUACACGUUCUACUCCUUCCCUGAAGAAGGAAGGCCUAACUCAACGACAAGGCUGGAUGCUCUCGCAGUUUUGAAAACUCUAAAAUAUUCUCAGUUCCUUUCUAACGUGCGCCGGGCACAAAGAUCCACCUUGGCAGCCCUUCCCAGAAUCUCCUCAAUGACCCUCGUGGUGGUGGUGUACUUCUUUGUGUUUAUGGCUUUUGGCUACCUUGUGUUUGGGCAGCAUGAACGGCGUUACAAUAACAUGAUUCACUCGGCUCAGACC